AUGUUUGUGAUCAACAUUCCCAAUCCCUUCAUCUGGUUAAGAACCAGAAUCCACUUCUUCAUCAUCCGGACCUUCCUGGACCAGGACUUCAACCUGCAGGAGUUCAAUGACGGGGCCCGACAAGUCCUAGACGAAUUGAAAGAAAAAUGCUCUGGACUAUCUGAAAAAUACAAGGAAUCUCUGGCUGUUAAUUCAGAUGAAAUAUUGUAUACGUUUCCGGAGAAAAUUGGUUUAUAUUAUGAAAAAAACGGAAGAAAAUUUGUCAAUAUACUUGUCUGUUUUUGGUAUUCAAAGAAUUCAAAGAAUUUGGACCUUCAGGAUCAUGAAACUGAU